AGGGCACCGGCAGGGACCGGAGCUCCCGGGACCCAGGGAAGGGGCCGUCGCCGGCCGCGCCACUGCCUGCAGCCCCAGCCGAGAGGCGCCCGGGAAGGAGCAGAGAAAGUAUGGCUGAGGAGGAGGCGCCUAAGAAGUCCCGGGCCGCGGGCGGCGGCGGCGCGAGCUGGCAACUUUGUGUCGAGGUGGGGCGCGGGGACGCGGAGCGCCUCCGCCGCCUCCGAAGUGAGCCCGGGCGCGGGGUGAGCCGCCUGCUGCUGCUGCUGUGGCUGCUAGAGGCUCCGUGGUUGCUGGGGGUGCGGGCGCAGGCGGCAGGACAGGGGCCUGGGCCGGGACAGCCCGCGCCGCCGCCGCCUCAGCAGCAGCAGGGUGGACAGCAGUACAACGGCGAGCGGGGCAUCUCCAUCCCGGACCACGGCUACUGCCAGCCCAUCUCCAUCCCGCUGUGCACCGACAUCGCCUACAACCAGACCAUCAUGCCCAACCUGCUGGGCCACACGAACCAGGAGGACGCAGGCCUGGAGGUGCACCAGUUCUACCCCCUGGUGAAGGUGCAGUGUUCGGCCGAGCUCAAGUUCUUCCUGUGCUCCAUGUACGCGCCGGUGUGCACCGUGCUGGAGCAGGCGCUGCCGCCCUGCCGCUCCCUGUGCGAGCGCGCGCGCCAGGGCUGCGAGGCACUCAUGAACAAGUUCGGCUUCCAGUGGCCCGACACGCUCAAGUGCGAGAAGUUCCCGGUGCACGGCGCGGGAGAGCUGUGCGUGGGUCAGAAUACAUCCGACAAAGGCACCCCAACGCCGUCGUUGCUGCCGGAGUUCUGGACCAGCAACCCCCAACACGGCAGCGGCGGAGGGUAUCGGGGUGGCUACCCGGGGGUCGCCGGCUCUUCCGAGCGUGGCAAGUUCUCCUGCCCGCGCGCCCUCAAGGUGCCCUCCUACCUCAACUACCACUUUCUGGGGGAGAAGGACUGCGGCGCGCCCUGCGAGCCCACCAAAGUGUACGGGCUCAUGUAUUUUGGGCCGGAGGAGCUGCGCUUCUCGCGCACCUGGAUUGGCAUCUGGUCGGUCCUGUGCUGCGCCUCUACCCUCUUCACCGUGCUCACCUACCUGGUGGACAUGAGGCGCUUCAGCUACCCAGAACGACCCAUCAUCUUCUUGUCGGGCUGUUACACGGCCGUGGCCGUGGCCUACAUCGCCGGCUUCUUGCUGGAGGACCGGGUAGUGUGUAAUGACAAGUUCGCCGAGGACGGGGCGCGCACCGUGGCUCAGGGCACCAAGAAGGAGGGCUGCACAAUCCUUUUCAUGAUGCUGUACUUCUUCAGCAUGGCCAGCUCCAUUUGGUGGGUGAUUCUGUCCCUCACCUGGUUCCUAGCAGCUGGCAUGAAAUGGGGCCACGAAGCCAUCGAGGCCAACUCACAGUAUUUUCACCUGGCUGCCUGGGCUGUGCCAGCCAUCAAGACCAUCACUAUUCUGGCACUGGGCCAGGUGGACGGUGAUGUGCUGAGUGGAGUGUGUUUUGUGGGGCUUAACAACGUGGAUGCGCUGCGUGGCUUCGUCCUGGCGCCCCUCUUCGUCUACCUGUUCAUUGGCACAUCUUUCCUACUUGCGGGCUUCGUGUCGCUCUUCCGCAUCCGCACCAUCAUGAAGCACGAUGGCACCAAGACAGAAAAGCUGGAGAAGCUCAUGGUGCGCAUCGGGGUCUUCAGCGUGCUUUACACUGUGCCGGCCACCAUCGUCAUCGCCUGCUACUUCUAUGAGCAGGCCUUUCGGGACCAGUGGGAACGCAGCUGGGUAGCCCAGAGCUGUAAGAGCUAUGCCAUCCCCUGCCCUCACCUCCAGGGUGGUGGAGGCGCCCCACCACACCCGCCCAUGAGCCCUGACUUUACAGUCUUCAUGAUCAAGUAUCUAAUGACGCUGAUUGUGGGCAUCACGUCGGGCUUCUGGAUCUGGUCCGGCAAGACACUGAACUCCUGGAGGAAGUUUUACACGAGGCUAACCAACAGCAAACAGGGGGAGACUACGGUCUGAGACCAGGACUCAACCCUUCCUAGUUCUCAGCCAUUCCCCUAAAGAUGGCCCCAAGGAACCCCUGCCAAGCCCCGUCACAGGAGGCUUCCUCAGUAGACUCUUGCUUUUUGGGGGCCCCUCUCUGAGGUUAAUGAACAUUAGGGACCGACAGCCAGGGGCCUGUGGACCGUCUUCUCUAGCCCUCGCUCUGAUAAACAAGACUGUACGCUUUUAUGAUUGUAAAUAGCCUGUGUAAGAUUUUUGUAAGUAUAUUUGUAUUUAAAGACUAUUGACCACGCGUUUUUCUUUUCUUAAAAAAAUUUUUUUUUAACUACUUAGGGUUAAACCAUUUGCAGUUUUUCUCUCUUGCCCUUUUGGAAGGACUGCAAAAGACGUGAAGCCCUGGCACACUCUUGAGUGCUCUGCUCGCCCUGCAUGCCCCGUUCCUGCCGCGGGGCUCGGGCCUGCUGGGGACCUGCUCAGGGGAGGGCAAGUCCCUAACUGCGGGCUGUGAUGGGGGCUGCCCUGUUAGGGUCACUUCCCGCCUUCCUUCUAAGACUCCUCCCUGCCCUCCUUGCUUGGGAUGGGAAUUGUUAAGGUACAUAACUGGAAGCUUCCAAACCCGGAGGUGGGCCCCGCCCAUUCCAGUUCUUCCUUGCUCAGCCACACAUUGCCUGUCCCUUUGACUUCCUGGCGCUGAGUUUUUGAGAACUUUAACCCAACUUCAUCGUGGCCUACGGGGGGCGGGGAGGAGGGGGCUUCUGGUAGUCUCACUCUCCCUCUGCCCUGGAGUCCCAUCUCCAGACACUCCCUUGUUUUACCUAAGUUGGUUAGAGUGAGUGGCAUAACCAAUGCCAAACUUUUUAAAGUCUAAUUUUUGAUGGGUGAGCUCAUCUCAUUCUCCAGUGUCUAAAACCUGCUCUGGGUUUGGCCAGGCAGCGUCAUGGAAAGAUGUGGUUAGUGAGAUUUGGGAAGAGCAUGCAGCUUUGUGUGGGUUGGGAGAGGCUGAAGAAGGAGGCAGUAAAAUGUUAGUUCUAAUUGCAUACGGAUGGCUAGUAACCUCCUUUUAAGUGUGAGGCAGCCUGUGUGGAGAUUUUACCCUUCUGUGAGAUGGAAACAUUAAAGUCUCCUGGAAAGCUUCACUAGGGAGUUGGUUCCUGCUUUCCUUAACAGAACAGCUGAACAUAGGAUAGAGUGGAAUAGACUUCUUCAAAAUUGAGUCUUUUUUCCUCAUUUUUAGUCAAAUAAUAAUUAGAUGAGUAUUGGAAACUUUACAAUGUUAAAGUUGUACACUUUCAACAUGUUAUGACGACCAGUCAAGAACAUUUUCUGAGGGAGAAACAACCCAUACCUCUAAUAAUAUAGUAAGAUUUCAGAAGGUCAAGGCAGUGGAAUGAUUACUUUAUGGGACCAGGUCCUGAAAGAAACAAAACCUGGGUAUGCAUGCUGAAGAAAAGUGUGCAUUUUAGCCUGUGUGUUCCUCUUCUUUUUUUUUUCUUGUGAUUUACAGAAAAGUGUCAAAUGUAAAUCGUUCAAAGCCAUUUUUUUAAAAAUUUGCUUUGUUUCUCUGAAAAAGAGGAGAAAACAAUCCUCCCAACUGUAGUGUUUUAAACUUUGAGUUUAUCAAAAUAUUGGUACAUAGGACCUAAAUUUAUCUAUGUCUGCCAUACCCUAAAAUGACAUGGAUCUUUGAAUUUGGUAUGCAUUUAUUCUGUUCACUAUCACAAAAUCAUCUAUAUUUAUAGAGGAAUAGAAGUUUAUAUAUAUAUAUAUAUAUAUAAUGCCAUAUUUUUAAUUUCACAAAUAAAAAAAUCAAAGUUUUGUACAAAAUUAUAUGGUUUUUGUGCCUGAAAGUAAUAGAGCUUGAACUGUUUGAACUGUCUUUACAUUUUAUACUGUCUCAUAACCAGUCACACAAUAUAAACAUGUAGGAAUUCAAUGGAAAAGUCUAUCUUGAAACCUUCAGGCUGGUCCUUCCAAAGAAUAAACACUAUUUGCAUUGUUAUGGUUGACAUUUGUGAAGUCCCAAGGGAAAAAAAUGUUUUCAUGACAGUAGAAAAUACAUUUCAAAUUAUUUCUUUAUUCAAACAAGAUUAUUAAAAGAUUAUUCUAAUUUUAA